UCAUUCAUCUUUAGCUCACUAUAUAAUCGCACUCGCUUGGAACCCAUUCAUUUGCAUUAUUUUUUUGUUGCUUAUUUAUUUCAUUAAUCUCAUAGUCAGGGCUUUUACAUAACAAUUAUCAUGAGAGAUUACAAAAUCGUUGUUCUUGGUGCUGGUGGUGUUGGUAAAUCCUCAUUAACCGUACAAUUCGUGCAAGGUGUUUACAUAGAUUCAUAUGACCCAACAAUUGAAGAUUCGUAUCGUAAACAAAUUGAAGUUGAUGGACGUGCUUGUGAUUUGGAAAUCUUGGAUACAGCAGGUGUUGCCCAAUUUACUGCAAUGAGAGAAUUAUAUAUCAAGAGUGGUAAAGGGUUUUUAUUAGUAUAUUCUGUUAAUGAUGAAAGUUCAUUACAAGAAUUAUUAGCAUUAAGAGAACAAGUUUUAAGAAUUAAAGAUUCAACAAAUGUGCCUAUGGUUUUAAUUGGUAACAAAUGUGAUUUAGUUGAUGAAAGAGUUUUGCAACCUCAAGACGGUAUUAAAAUUAGUGAAAAAUGGGGUAGAGUCCCAUUUUACGAAACUUCUGCAAUGCAUAAAACUAAUGUUGAUGAAGCUUUUAUCGAUGUUGUUAGACAGAUAAUGAGAAAUGAAUCAUUAGAAAACCAAAAGCAAACACAACAAGAUAGCACGGAUAGUUCAGCUAUACCUAAUGCUGCUACAUCCUCUUCAACUGCACCACAACAACAAAAAACUAAUGUUCAAAAACCUGUGCCUAGUUCUCAAUCAAAGCAACAAAAAGUGGCACCAAAACCAUUAGGUAAAGUUAAUACUUCAGGUGCUAGUCAGCCACAAAAGAAGAAGAAGAAGAAGUCAAGCUGUACUAUAUUAUAGCCUUUUUUCUUCCUUUCCUUUCAUUGUGUGUUUUUAAUUUAAUCUUAACGGGAC